CGUUGCUAGCCACGCCCCCAUGUGCUACAGGCAGCAGGCAUAUGUGUUCAGAGGUGGCCGCGCGGAAUCACAAGCAGCGGUGUCUCUUCUUGGAAGGCUGUUUUCGUCGCGGGCGCUGAGGAUCCUCGCUAGAAAGACAUGGACGAUCUCGAUGCUCUGCUUGCUGACCUUGAAUCUACAACCUCCCACAUCUCCAAAAGGCCUGUGUUUCUACAGGAGGAGACGCCUUAUUCCUACCCAACCGGUAGCCACAAUUACCAGGAACCUUUAGUACCCCCUCCAGUUCCACCACCUCCUUCAGCAGAAGCUCUGAACGGAACUGUGUUUGACUCAACAGAUCAGUGGCAGAACACAAGAUUUGCAACUCCGCCGCCUGUGAAUUAUUCAACUACUGCAAAAACCUCUGCAUCACUUUCAAGAGAGAGUACCAGCCCCCCCGUACCACGUUCUGCGGAUGAGGACCACGUUUACAGUUUCCCAAACAAGCCAAAGACUACUGAACCCUCCCCAAGUGCCAUGAGUGCCUCUUUGGGCAGCAACCUGUCAGAGUUGGACCGGCUUCUUCUAGAACUUAACACUGUCCAACACAGUUCUUCUGCUUUCAACCUUACAGAAGACCCUAGUCCACCUUUACCUACUAAUGCUACACAGUAUUCCAUCCAAGAAAAUGGAGGGUCCUUGGGAAAGAAAGGGGCUCUUAGCAAAGAAAAGCCAAAACGCAAUGGAGGACGAGGCAUUGAUGAACUACGUCCCAGUGUAGAAAGCCUACUGGAUGAACUUGAAAGUUCUGUGCCGACUCCCACGCCUGCCUCUUCAGUUGUUCAAACUGAUGUAGGUGAUGCCCAGCGAGACGGUGCUACCCAACAGCAUGCCAGAAUAUCUGCAUCUUCAGCCACCCGGGAGCUGGAUGAGCUCAUGGCCUCUCUUUCAGAUUUCAAGUUUCAAAGCAAUCAAAGUUCUUUAGCAUCUCUAGAUACGGAGCAGAUUGUGGAGCAAGAUAUCGUUAGUGCAGAGCCAGUUCAUGGUCAUUCCACUGUUCAAACCAGUGUAAGGCCAGAAUUAUCAGGUGGCCUUCUACCAAAGAGAGAUUCCCCAAACUUUCGGACCCCUAGCCCUUUGGAGCCUCUUCACAUUGAUGAAGAUGGAACGAGUAUUCCCCAUUUCCAUUCUGUUUCCGAUCCUCUUUCAUUGACAGCAGACAUUUGCCAAAAGUUGGAUAUUUCGUGUUCUCAGAAUCUGCAAAUAUCGGACAUCACUUUGUCUUGCCAGAAUCUUGACCCCAGUAUGAUAACUUAUGUAUCAUCCGAGGUGCUGUCAUCAAAAGUGGAGCCCUUAGUGAUGCUUUCAGAUCUCGAUAGGCUUCUUAUGGAGCACACCAAUGAAGAGAACAUGUCAAUGUCAUUGGAGAUUAAGCAAGAUCAGGAAAAGACUGUUGUUGAAGUGCAGGCCUGUUCCAUACCGUGCACUGCUGCAGAGAUAAAACUGCCUAAAUUGUCAGAUUCAAAUCGUCACAAAACCUCCUUUGAAAAAGAUUUGGACGAACUCCUUGAAAUGGGCUGUGAAACUGUUGAAGCGACUCCUCGUGAUAAAAUUGAAAUGCAUGAUAUAUGCGAGGAGGUACUGACAGCAGUGGACAGAAAGGAUAAAUUCCCUGACACCAUGACACAGAAGAUACCUGAGUUAACAGAGAUAAAGAUGGCAGACUCUGAAGUGAAGGCCGGUCUACCUACAGUAAAUGGAGAGAGAAACUUGGAAGCUGAAGAGAUUGCAUUAGCUCCUGCUACGCAACAGGUGACUUUCACAGACUACUAUUUUGAGGACCCGUCAAAGACCCUGAGAGCGUCACACUCAUUGCAGCAUGAAGAAGUACCGGGCUGUACUUUCAACAUGCCUUUAACUCAACCCAUGACACUGGAGAGAAUCUCUGCAUCUAGUCAGAUCAAAUCUGUUAUCAAGAGGACCAAGGAAACUACCAAUGUGCACCCUAUGUACCGUGAUGAGGUGCCACGUCGCAAGAUGGGUCCGAUCAUCUUCCAUAAAACCUCUUCUCAGGACAAGCUAAUUGAAGAGUUACAAGGAAAGCUGGGAAUUAGCAGACAUGAGCGAUGGAAGAUGCAGGAGGAUGACUGGCUCACAGAAGGAGUCAUUGUAAUGUCUAAUCCUGUUCGCUCUCGUGAGGAUGGUGGGCCUGGUGUGGAGAAGAUAAUAAUUCCUCCAGAAUCGCCCGUGCCUCAAAGGAGAAUCAUCGUUCCCCCUUCCUCCCCAACUCCUAAACAUGCUGCAGAUGAAACCAAAAAGCCUUUCCUUUUUAAACAGUCUCCUUCUUCAGUACCUUUGCCUCCACCACCGCCACCACCCCCACAGGUGUCCUCCAUUCCACCUCCUCCACCUCCUCUGCCUUUUUCUACUGCUCCCUACUCCUUCUCCUCCUCCUCCUCCAACCAGUGGGAUUCGUGGACUGAUGACUACCAGGAGCCCACACUUCAGAGGACUCCAGGGCUCAGUUCUUUCCCUGCCCACUCAAUAGUGGAGUCCUCUUUCUCCCAAAUGUCUCCCCCUGUAGAACCUACAAAACAUCCCUCUCAAGUACAUCUGUUGCUGCCUAUUCCUAGAUCUACGGUCUCUGUAGCUUGCCAAACUGAUGAUGACCCUUUCUUUCCACCAUUGAAGGUGAUGCCCUCACCUCUUCUGGGUAGACACCCUAAUCUCCUGAGUUCCCGUCCUCCACCCAGUCCUCCUGUAGCUGACAAGAUCAUGGCUCAAGGAAAGGGGGGUGGAUCUCCACCAUCUGGCCCACCAAAAGGAGGAAACAAGUUGGACAACAUGCUUGGCAGCCUGCAGUCCGACUUGAAUCGACUUGGGGUACAGACAUUGGCAAAAGGGGUCUGUGGUGCAUGUAAGAAACCCAUUGCAGGACAGGUGGUCACUGCCAUGGGCAGAACAUGGCAUCCAGAACAUUUUGUCUGCACACACUGUCAGGAAGAGAUAGGCUCUAGAAACUUUUUUGAACGUGAUGGACAGCCUUACUGUGAAAAAGACUACCACAACCUCUUCUCACCCCGCUGCUACUACUGCAAUGGCCCUAUCCUUGAUAAAGUUGUAACUGCGUUGGACAGGACCUGGCAUCCCGAUCACUUCUUCUGUGCCCAGUGUGGAGCGUUCUUUGGACCAGAAGGUUUUCAUGAAAAAGAUGGAAAGGCCUAUUGCCGUAAAGACUAUUUUGACAUGUUUGCUCCCAAAUGUGGUGGCUGUGCUCGUGCAAUCUUGGAAAACUAUAUCUCUGCACUCAACUCAUUGUGGCACCCAGAGUGUUUUGUGUGUCGGGAGUGCUUUACUCCCUUCAUCAAUGGUAGCUUUUUUGAGCAUGAUGGACAGCCCUACUGUGAGGUGCACUAUCACGAGAGACGUGGCUCUCUGUGCUCUGGUUGCCAGAAACCAAUCACUGGUCGCUGCAUCACCGCCAUGUCCAAGAAGUUUCACCCUGAACAUUUUGUCUGUGCCUUCUGUCUGAAGCAGCUCAACAAGGGGACGUUCAAGGAGCAAAAUGACAAACCCUACUGCCAAAACUGCUUCCUGAAACUCUUCAGUUAGGAGUGUGUUGCAGUAAAGCCUGCUGGUCCCACUGACUUAAGUAAUUCAGGUCAUUUCACACAGGAAUGGAAUAUGGUGCAGGGUUGUCGCCAUAGUUAGGUGAUCCUCAGUAUAGGGUUGACUGUUUUUUCUCCUCCAGUCACAUGUUUAGUGUGUUGGCCACGUGUUUCACUCUUUUCUGUUAUGAGCUGCUUUUCUGUAGGAGAGAGGAGGUGGCAUUUAUAUAUCUGUAUAAAAUUACACUGUGAAAACUCAAUGGGGCAAUUGGGAGGUAAGCUCAGUGCUGGGAUGUUGUUAUAGCUGCAUUGCAAAUGGCAAAAGGCAGUAGCUCUUUGGAGAGGUUUCCCAAGUCCUAGAGAGCGAGUUCAGCUUUUCAAAAAGGUGCGUUGCAACAGCUUGUUAUAUCUGCAUAUCAGGGAACCAUUUCUCAAACUGUUUUAACAGUUUUUAUACCUAUUAUAGAACAAUAUUCAGCCAGCAACAACAAAGUAGCAUUUUGAAUGAUAUUUUUAUGGAUGCAGACUCUUCUUUCAUACCUAUUCAACCAUUUUCCUCAAACACAAUGUACUGUACUUGGUAAACAGGCUGUGUAUGUACCUUCAGGGUUUGUGGUGGUGCCCCCCCUCUCCCCGUAGCAACUGGAUAGUUAUUCAUACAGAGAGUAGCUGUGCCAUUUUGUGCAGGUCUCCAGGUCAUCUUUUGAAAGAAGUAGUAGGAUUGCAGGAAAUGCUGAGGCAGCGUUCUUUUUCCAAAAUUUGGAAAACAUUGGAAUCUAUUUCUAACCACCAGCUGCAUGGGGCUAUAAUGUCACUUUUACACAAGCAUCAAAACAAAAAAUGAAAAUCCCCUCCCACACCCACUUCCAAGUAGUGCCAAAAUGUAUUCUGGUGAAACCAGUUGUAUGGAAAUCAAAUUUCCGGGGUCAGAGUUAAUUAAAUACUGGUGCUUUGAAACCCCAUUGUCUAAACCUGCUAUCGGCGGAUGUCUGAAGGAAGUCUGUCCAGAAUACCUUUGCCUGGGUAAUGGGUGCUAGUCUUAUUUUUUUUUUUAAUGGUAUUGGGGGAAAAUGGAAAUAUAGUGUUUUUUUUUUUGUGUAUGUAUGGGGAUUUAAACCCAUUUGGAUCUGAAAUCCAUAUUUGGACUUGGUGUGCAGCUGUUGCGGCCCUUCUAUUAUAUGUUGGAGACUGAGCCGCCUACCUUUGUGUUUUCAGGUAAAGGUUUGCUGGCUUGUUUAAGUAGAAAGUUCUGAACUCUGACGUGCUUCUUUCAGACCCGCAGGGGAUAUCACUCUCAUCGGCUACUGUAGACAGGCGAUUUCAUUGAAGAUUUUUACUCUGGUGUUUGGUGGCUUUCAUAUAAAUCUUUUUGUCUCCUUUUCUCAUUAAAAUGUGUGAGUGAAAAAAAUAUAUAUAAUUCUAACAUCAAAGAACCACUUUUUAUAUCCCAUCUAAAGAAACUUUUUAUUAAAAACAAAAAAUAUAUAUAUAUAUAUAUAUAUACAUAUCUACACUCUCCUGAAUGCUAAGAAUACUUUCAUAGACUGAAAAAACAAUUACCUGGGAUUAGCCUGUAAACCCUUAUAGCACAAGCUGACGUUGCUCUGUAAAUGGCAAAUCCCAGGUAAACAUAACAGAACUGAAUUUUGUAACCUUAAAACUGCUGUAUUUUGUACUCCAUUUCUUCUUUAUGAUGGUGUUACAUUUCAUUUGCCAAUACGAAAUCUAGUAUGCAAGUCUUAAACAAUUACAUGUUUAGAGGGUUUGAGAUUGCACUAAUAAUGCUUGAUUUGUUCGAUUUUUAAAUGUCUAAAGCAGUAAAUUCUGGGUUGAGGGCUGGUAAAACUUAAAUGAAUAUGGUGUUGCAAAUUUCCUGGUUACUUAAAACCUGUCGAGUCGCUUUCAUCACAGAUUGACUACCAACUGCAAGCAGGCCUGAAGUUCACGUAGUCUUUCAGCCGUAAAUGUGUUUUUCUUCUUCUUUUGAUACUCGGAAUAGUGUGAUUUGAUUUACCAGAAGCUUGUUGCAUCAGCGCCACCUCCUGGCACCUUACUUUAAGUUUAAACAAUGUCUGUCCUGCAAAGCUUAUUGAGCCAUAGAAACAGAACAGCAUAAAAGUUCAUGUUUGGAAGUAGCAGUGCAUUUCUGUUCUGUGCUCAUCAUGUUUAGACAAAGCAGGCAGCUUAUUGAUCAUUUAUCAAGGCAGUCCUCGACUUGCUUUACUCAUUCUCAGAUGUGCCAAAUCGGCAACCACAUGCUGGGCCGACUUUAUGACGGAUUUUCAGAUGUUCACCCACUGGAUACUUAAGAAAACAAAACUGUGUUGUUUGUGUGCUUUAUUAAUCAGUAUUUACAGGUCCGGCAUUAUCAACUCUUGUCUUGCAACCAAAGGAAAGUAAAUUCAUCUGUCUGUGUUUUUUUUUUUUUUUUUUUUAACUUCCUGCUUCUAUCUGUUGCCCAACAGAUUCUUGUUUAUUGUGCCAUGUUUGUGUUUGUGAAACAGACUGCUUGUUUUUUUUCCUGUGUUUAUGCCAAUAAAAUUUGCCUUUUUUGGUAUGCA